GCCGGUAGCGGCUCCCGCUCGCAUGGUUCUUCUGACGUUCCCUUACCGAACCCAUAACCACCCACCGUCCGGCAUUAAUUCACCUGUUUUUCUGUUUCCAACCCAACAGCUAUCAGUCCCCUACCCACAGGCAACUUCCCUCCUCCCCAAAUUGUUCCUUCUCACGCCUCUCCUCUCUUUCCCUUCUUUAUCUUAAAAGGUGGUACUUGGAAGUGGGCUUUCUCACGCUCCCUUGGUUGCUGGUGUUCAGAGAUGGGCAUAUUCUCUCUCGUGACGGGGUGGCCCGGCUCCAGCGGGUUCGGAUCCGCUUCUACUGCGGAGCAGGUAGCCGAAGGGAUCGACGCCAGCAAUCUCACUGCCAUCGUCACCGGAGGAGCAAGUGGGAUUGGUGCAGAGACUGUGAGAGUCUUGGCACUUCGGGGAGCCCAUGUCGUCAUUGCAGCAAGGAACAUGGAGGCUGCAAAUGAUACAAAGCAGCUUAUCCUCAAAAGCAAUCCGGCAGCUAGGGUGGACACUUUGAAGCUUGAUCUUAGCUCAUUAAAGUCCGUGCGAUCAUUUGCAGAUAAAUUCAUAUCGAUGGAUCUUCCUCUUAACAUCUUAAUAAACAAUGCUGGUAUUAUGUUCUGUGCGUACCAACUUUCAGAGGAUGGAAUAGAGAUGCAAUUUGCCACCAAUCACCUUGGUCACUUUUUGUUAACCAACCUUCUUCUUGAGAAGAUGAAAAGCACAGCAAGGAAGACAGGGAUCGAGGGUCGCAUUGUAAAUCUAUCGUCUAUUGCGCACCUUCAUUCAUAUGAUGAAGGAAUACGGUUCGAUAAUCUUAAUGACUCAGAUGGAUACUCUGAUAAAAAGGCAUAUGGCCAAUCAAAAUUGGCAAACAUAUUGCAUGCAAAUGAGCUAUCAAGACGCUUGCAGGAAGAAGGUGCAAAUAUUACUGUAAAUUCUGUCCACCCGGGUUUGAUCGUGACAUCUCUGUGGAGGCAUUCUUUUUUUCUGAUGAGGGUUCUGAAACUAUUCACUAGCAUUUUUUGGAAGAAUGUGCCACAGGGAGCAGCUACUACAUGCUACGUUGCGUUGCAUCCGAGUCUCAAGGGUGUGACAGGGAAGUAUUUCCUUGAUUGCAAUGAGGAGAAGCCUGGUAUAAUGGCCGGAGAAGAAACCUUGGGCAAAAGGCUCUGGGACUUGAGUGAAAAGCUGGUCAAUUCAGCUCAGUAAGACCUAGUAAGAUCGGAACUAAGAGCAUCCCCUAGAAGAAUUACAGUACUCCCUUGCUAAUAUGGUGUAGGGCAAAAUUAGUUUUCCCCUUAAUUCUGUUCUCUCUUUUACCCGUUUGUAUGAUGGGUGCUGCAUUAAAACAAUUAGUUUUAGUUCCUGGGUUAGCGCAAAAUUUUGCUGUACUAAUUGUUUUCAUCGCCAGACCACAUUGAAACAGAAUUCAGAUGUCGAUGUGUGCUGAAAUGGCGAAUUUCAAGUAACAUGCAGCAGAUUCCUGUACCCAAAAACAAUUCCCCAUCCUACAAGGCCUAAGAACCAUCAGGAAUCUCCUCCGAUGCAUUUGAUGGAAAACCCUUGGUUCAACAACAAGACUCCCCAAAAAGUAAUAACCCUCUCAUGAAUCAGUAAUUGCCACGAGAUGCAGAUCUUUAAUAAGGAGUUGCUGAGAUAGAAAAGUUACUAAGAACUUUACUAUGGAGUUACUAAGAACUUACAAGCAUACAACCGUAUGAUUUUUUUUUUAAGAUAAAAAGGCACGUUCAUAUGGCAUGCAAAAGAACACUGUUAGAGAAGAUGGCUUGAACAGCGAAGCUUCUCCAUUCUGCGGCGCAGCGAGGAUGUGCAAAAAAGAGAGGCAUUUCAUGCUGAAAAAUAAAACGAAGGCUUCAGUUUAUAGAAAGUUCAUGAUUUCAGUCAAAUCUGUUUUUUGCUCAAAAGCUCCUGAGUCUGUAUAUGACAAUGCUACAUAGUAUGUUGACAUGAGGAUUUGCUCAGUACCAAACCAAACUUGCGUAUGAGUAUAAUAUCUCACUCAACCAGCUACACAUUGAAGUAACAAAAAUAGUUUUCAGCUAGGAAAUAAAGCAAUGCUGUAAUCAGCAAUUAACCACUACAAUGCCGCAUGUCUAGUUGCCAUAAAGUCAUAAACACCAGAAAGGUAUUGUUGAUAACUGAGUAACACAACAAUCAAUCUUCAUUGAAACCAUCCACCAAACCUUCCAUCAUCCCCAUUUUCUGCACAGAAAAGCAAUGGAGGAAAGCUAAUGAAACCAGGAAACGACGUGGAACAUCUGCCAGUCCUGGAGCCUUGCCUUGGUGGUCUGAGAAUGUGGACGUGUCCCUCGUCUAUAACUGUAAGCAAGCACACUGUUUUUGACAAAAAACACAGAGAACCAGGAAAAGUGCUGAUCACCAUGAAUCAGUAAUUGCUAAGAGAUGCAUGCCAAUCUAAUUCAGAACUGUAUUAAAAAAACGACAUGAAGUAUCCGACCAGAGAUGGAACCCAACGGCCAAACAUUUUUUCAUCCUUAAACUUCUAAAAGCAAGCACCUUCCCAUGAAUACCCCUUACUUUGCUCAUAUGCUAUUCAACCAGUCAUUCAUCGCAAAACCAAGAAAUCAUACCCUAUGACUCCAACUGAUAUUAAAAGGGCUAGUCGUUUAUAAUCAAAUCACCGCUUGAAAGAGAUACCAAAAAAAAAAACGCAAAACAUAACCAAAAUAUAAGUGCAGCCAUAGCAUGCGAGAGAACUGCAAAGUUCCAUGAUCCCCAGGCAGCAAGCCAAAGGGCAUGUUUACUGGCUUAAGAAUCUGAAUAUAGUACGAAAGAAUUAUUUAGAAGGUUCAUACUAUGAAAGGGCUUAAAACAUGCCAGAUUGGAACCCUAAAAAUUGGAAAUCGAGGUUCAACUUGAUGAAUAUACAUUAUUAAAUGUGAAAGAUAUUUCAACAAGUAAAAUAACAAUAAUAUCUGCCAUAACAAAAAAUUAUCCUCUGGAGUUGCCAAUUACUUUUGUCUUUAAGCUAUUGGCUAUCUAUCACACAACCACGAGCAGAUUAUUCCCCAACAUGCCAUUAAACAUUGACAUCCAUCAAUCUCUUAAGAAGAAGAGUUAAAAAUGUAUCUGACAAAAACAGAAAAAUUAUGAAUUCAUAGGCAGAUUCACCUAGCCAAACCAGAAAAUAAACAACGGAGAGCCAAGAUAAAUAGAAGCUGGCGUCAUGAUGUACCUACAAAGAAAGGCAACCCCAAAUUGGAAUGAUAUGAAUAUACAUUAAAGAUGAACACCAUCCUGAGAAUAAGAGCAAGAAUCAAGGAACGAAUUUCCAACAGAAAUCAAGCAUUGUGGUAAAUGAGGAGAAAAAUUGCGUAGCAUAAACAACAAAUUGAAGCUGCUUUGUGACUUUCUAUCACUUAAAUAUGUGAUGAAUAACUCGUUAAAGAAUAAAUGUUCCAUUGAACAUCGUCUAUCAUAUGAUUAAUUAAUUUAUGUCGAGAAAAACAUAGCUUUUACAAAGACCCUAUCUAAAAAUCCACCUGGUGCUACUUCAUAGGGCACACUGGGAGAGUAAAUACUUGUAACCAUAUGCAUAAGAAAUGACAGCAAUGGUGCACCAAGACAGUUCCUGAAACUUGAAUUACGAAGGCAAAGUUCUUUAUUGGUCUAUUCUACAUGGUUUCACACUUUCACUAUAUCACUUAUCUUUAUACAAAACUGACAAGGAGACCAUCAAUUUUUCUCAGGUCCAACCAAUUGCCACCAUAAUACACACUAUAGCUUUAUAGAUCUACUAACAAAGGUAGAGACUACCGAUAUUGCAUUAGUUU